AUGGUCUAUGUGACAGAAUACAAUCGCAUCUUGAUGUUCAAGGAACCAGUAGACGGGAAAAUACUUCCGGGUCACGUAAUAAAAACUGAGAACGUAGCCAAUGAAGGAAGUUGCCGUGUGAAAUGUUUCAUAGAACCAAACUGCGUGUCCAUCAAUGUGGGCCCUCUUGACGAGCAUGGAGUACGCAUAUGCGAGUUGAAAAACAUUACAUGUGAAAGUUCAUCGCAAUCUGGUUUGGAGGACAAGGAAGGGCAUAUUCACUAUGCAGUUGAGGUAUCAGAAGAUUUUUUUUUCGAAGAAAUUUGUUUAUUAAUGUCAAGGGAUAAAGAAUUUUCCUUACUGAAAGGCGAUGAUUAUUUAUGCUCCUUUUGAUAUGAAAUAAUGAAAAUGGCCAGUUUUACUAUUUUUGCAUUAUUUAUUGUUACUCAAGAGGAAAUCAAAUUCAAAGAGAGUUGUUGUUACCUAGUUGACGGGAAUUCAUUUUAAAGAGAUGAAAGCUGUUGCAAACGGGCAGACAGAAGUUGCUUCAAUCUCAAUACAACAAUACCUGAAUGAAUCAACCUUUAUAAAACAUGGAACAUUUGAAUGUCUCCUCACUACAUGUAUUUAAGUAGUAAUACGGAACCGUCUUUACAAAAUGGAGGAAAAAACUCCUCUUUCCUCCUGUGCGCGUGCGUGUCCUUUAAAUUUCUCCAGUUCGCCCUAACAAAACCGGCGCCCGUUACACAGGUUAGUGCUAAGGGUGACCAGUUCAGGUCUUGGUUUGUAAGGGUUUAUGGCGCAUAGCAAGAGAACGCCUUAAUCUCCUCUGUAAAAUCAAAUUAUACUCUCCAACAGAAUUUCUGCCACAGUAAUCCUUGCCCGGGAGAGAACUUCCUGUGUCAGGUGGGCUUCACGGAUAAAGGCUACCGUUGUGUUUGCCGUGAUGGUUUUGAAGGAGAAAAUUGCACGGGUAUGACUACAUUUAUUAACUUCGCCUUUUCUACUGUUGUUCCUUAUGUUUUCUUUCCUGUCCUCUUCACCUUCCGCCUAAAAUUCCUUGUUCACUUUAAUUUGCUUAAUGUUUGUUUAAUGUGUAAUAAAGUUGUUAUCGUUGUUGUUGUUGUAUGUAAGUGUCGCAGUUGCUGCACAAUAGACAUCCCUUUACUGUCUUGCUUCUUUUACCAAGAACUUUUUUGCUUAUUCGAUCCUAAUUAUACUACUUUUAGCUUUCAUUGAAAGCAUAAUGCCGGCAUAAUGGGCUUUCAGCAUGACGAGAAUAAUAGAAUAAUGAUGAUGAUGAUGAUGAGGGUGAUCAUAUUUCUAUAACAGUAACAAUUUUUCUCAUUCAAGUUCUUUAUUUAAUCCUUAAGAUUGAAUAUAUUGGAAGGCUUAGUUUGUUGCCAAGUUAAAAAAUGAAAAUGCCUUAUUACGCUUGCCAGUUCUCAGGCCACUUAAGGCAUGACUUCCUAAUGAAAUACGUAUAUUUUAGUAAAUGCUAUUUAGAACGGUUUGCUUCCAUCAGUGCUCCUGAAAAGUGAACUACAAAUGUGUCUCAAGGAAAAAAAACACGUGAAACGUGAUUUCAAAUAACACGUGACAUCGCUUCGUCAGUGACGUCACAAAACACGUUUUCCUAAACGGGGAAGGGUUGCAAAUCUUAGGAACUUUCACUACCAAAAUGUUACAUAAACAGUGUAAAUCAUAAAUUCACCUUGUAUGAUUGGAAAUGUUAUUUAUCCUAUUAGCUAUUUAAGAGUGAGUCCAUGGGUGCACCAGACAAGUGUCUGUAUGCUAUCUCUACGAUUUCAAUGAAACUUAGCCAGUUUAAAGGGUCUACCCCAAAACUCAAAAUGACAAACUGGUUCACAGUUUGGAUCUUUAUGGUGGGAGAUAGCCCAACCAACUGGUUUAAUUAGAUUUUUUACCAAUAAAAGUGCAUUAACAACAGGCAAAAGUAGAAAGCUCUCAGGACAACUGCUUUUAACUUUAGACUAUGAAGGUUUGUAUAUAUGUUGAUACAUCUUUGACCAAUGCAAGGAUGUAAGUUUCAGUCAAUUUGGUUGACAGCUUGUCAAUCACCGGCCUUGAAUAUGGGACCACCUUUUUAGCCAUUCAAAUACUUGCUGUUUUUGAGAUCAGAUAUCUAUCCUUGCCAGAAAGCUAUGACAAUAAUUUUGCUAUUCCCUGUCUACCAACCCUUUGGACUAUAAUAAACAUAAAAAACAUUUCCUGGCUCUUCCUUUAUUGGGCGUCAGAUGCCAUUUGAAAACUGCCCCUAAAUCAAGCUUAUUUCCACUUCACCUGUCCAAUAAUUCAGCAAUUAACGGCCUCUGAAGUUACUAAACCGGCACUUUCCAGCCCGUUAUACAAGAAUGAUAAUUGAGGAGUUUAAUGCAUGGUUAAAACGUUCGAGAUUUUGCAAGAAAAUCAAAGAUUUCACACUGAUUAGUGAUGUAUGUCACCGAAAUAUCGAAGGUAAAAUCGUUAUGUUUGUGACCUCGUUUUAAUUUUCUCAGAAAAUCAGAGAUUAUUCUUCUUACAAGUUAAACUAUACAGAAGUCCUUUAUUCAACCAGUCUUAUGGUCUCUACUGUGACAAAACAAAGCUGUUUUAAGGGAGAUUUCAAGGACACAUGGUGCGCGGUUGUUGACAAGCUUUGAAUCACGCCAGUAUAUGCCAGUCAUAAAAGCAACGUCAACUCGUACAUCUAAAAACAACGUUCAAUGAUGAAAAAUUCUUCCCUCUAGCGAUAAAGAAAUUACGCCUUUAAAAAGUUCAUGAAGUUUAGGCAACAACCUCAGAAAAAGAAUAGUAUUACAAAGAAGAAUAGUGUUAGUUUUACUAACCGCCGUUGACCUACGCCAAACUAUAAUGUAUGCUGCAUGACCAGACAAUAUUUCUUUACAAUCCACUUCUUUGCCUCCCAAAGGCUUUCAGAGGGUCCUGCUUGUCUCUAUAACUAUAUUUAUCUCCUCCUAUCUUUUUUUUUUUCAAAUACAAGUUGUUCGAAGAUCUCUGUCACUCUCAAUCAAGAUGAUUUACAACCAAGUAUUACGUGACAAAAAGAAAGAGCCCGCACUAUUUUGAUCAGCGAAUUUCCCGCGCCUUCCCCGGCAAUUUACAUAAAUCUUUUAAGACAAUAUUCGGUUGUCCAAACUGGAAGAGAGAAUGAAUAAAAAUAAACAACACAAAGAAUAACUGAAAAAACAGAUAUUUACAUUUUUGUUUUUGUCUCCCUAAGGCCAAAACUGAGAAACACUAUAGCCUGUAUACAGAAACCACCAACCCCCCGCUGCCUCCACUCACCGAAUCACCUGAUCUUUUAUUACUAAAUAUUCCGUGUUUACUUCCUGUUUAAAAGCCACGACAUUAAUUGUCACUUAUUUGUUUAAAAAGGCUAUCUCCCACCAUAAAGAUCCAACUUGUGAGCCAGUUUGUCAUUUUCAGUUUUGGGGUAGAUCCUAUAAACUGGCCAAUUAAGGUGAUCGAAUGAUAAAGCAAUUAUCGAACUCGGGUAUCGAAAAAUAUAGUGACUGUACCAGUGUCUCGCGGAUCAAUUAUUUGCCUCAGUCGUCGGGAUCGUCAAAUAAUUGAUCUGUUUGCCACUGAUCAUGACAAAUCACGAUAAUUAUUUUGCUUAACCUCAUCAAAUAAUAACAACACGCGAGAACUGGAGACAAGUGAACGGGAGAGAAGGAUGAUGGGAUACGUAAACACGAGAACAGUUCGCUUUUGAAAAAAGUGCUUAAAGAGCAUAUUAAAAUUGGGUAACCUGUGAAUUUUCAGCCGUAGCGAUUGCAACGGCAGCCGAAAAUUAGAAGGAUUUGUAUGAGAUUUGCCACCAAGUCACGCUUGAAUGGUUUUCCAUACAAAUCCUUGUAAAUUUCGAGAUUUUCAAGCUGUCGUGAAAUAUGUCCUUAAGCAUUACGGGGGUAAAAUCUCCUUUUAAUUCAUAACAGGCACUUUGUCUCCUUAAAUGCGCAAGGGAAAGAUUUAACGACAGUUUAAAAAUUUCAGCAGGUGACCUUCCCCGUAACCGAAGAACGUCAUAUAUCCGCAUGACAUUCAGAACAUUGUUAAGAUCAGGCUAAAGGGCGUUUCAGCAGAACCCUUCUUUCACUUGCUCAAUUUUGGCGUAUUCGAGAAGACUCUGCAUGAAUCAAGUGUGAUUUUUGUUGAGUAUGCGCUGUAUGUUGUUAGGAAACAUUUUCCAACCCAGGUCUAAGAGCCGUGCUCCUAAUGGUACAGCGGGCCCAGUUGUGACCAUCUGUUUAUAAAUUUUUAACCGUUAGUUGUUCUAACAGCAUUGCCCUCAGUUUUAAGUGUUUAUCAAUAAACGGAUGCCUUUUAAUCGAAAAACCAGUUUGACGAGAGAAAACAAGAUUCACUCUUUUUAGAAGUUUGUGUUCAAAGGAUUGACGCCGUUCAGGUAGAUCCUUGUUUCCUCUUUCUCGAUCAAGAAGAAGAAAAAAGGAGGCUCUCCUCGCUAUACAGGGUGGCCUUUCCGUUUUUGCAUAAUUAAAAUUGGCUAUAUUCUUUAUAUUAUCAUUCAUAUACAUAUUUAAAUCAGACUAGGAAAUUUCAAGAUAUGCACGAUAUUGAGCAAACUGUUUCGCUGCUAGAUGGUGACAAAAACAUGACAUAAAAACUGUGCCAAACUGUGCCACAUGUAUCGCCGUUAACGUAUAAGUCUACGAGCCUUAUGUCAGCUUCUGCGUUCGCAAGAUUUAGAUCAACUUUGCGGCUUAGAAGGAUCGGAGUUUAUAAAUGAUCAGUAUCAUAUCCAACGAGGACUACAAUGUACCGUACAAAACUUUCCUUCUCGUUAAGAUGCAAUCCUAAGCUGAUUGAGAAUUUGCUUUUGUUUGAGUAACGGCAUAGUUUUCAGUACGGAGCGAAGCUUUCCGUGUUAUAAGCAAAGUGGCACUGAUCCUUGGUACCAGAUUUUGUGUGUGCCGUGGUUAAGUUCUAAGGAGAACGUAUGUUUAGCUCAGCUAUGACAGCAAGUCUGGUUUCGU